AAGCGGGGCUGCGUGGAAGCGGGGCUGCGUCAGCAGUGUGUGUGCCGGGAUUUGGGAGUGGGAAAGAAGCCUCGAACCGAAUCAAAGAGGCGGGAAGAUUUGUGCCAGAACGAUUCGUCAAAUACACAGCGUGGCUCCUAGAAGCGUGUUUUACCUCUCUUUCUGUAACACUGAGCAAGGAUGCUCUAUAGAUAACAAUUUUACAUCAUCGUAUUCAUGACCACGUUCAGUUAUCAUUGAAACACAGAUGAUCUUCUACACUGUUUCAGGUAACAGCCCUCAGCACAUCGAGGCUGUGCUGUUAGAAGUUAACCCUGACUAUUGGAACACGAGUUCACCCACCUGGGCAUUAUUUGCCCCUUGGUGCCAUCAGCUCAGAGCAGAGCUCACAGCUGCAGAGCCCUGCCUGCUCCGUGGCACUUCUACAGCUACUAAUGCUGCUUCUGAUAACUCCAGCUGGGUUCAAGCAUUCUUCUUUCUCCUAAACCUCUUCUGCCCCCCACUUGAAGGAGUUCAGGCAGAGCAGUUCUAUCCAGCACUUGGAUUCCUUCUUAAUAUUUGUGUAUUUUUGAUGUGAUUUUCUGUUCAUGAGAGUAGAAGUGAGUACUGCAAGCAUAGAUUGGCAUUCCAUUAAUUCAACCAUUUGAAUGAAGUCAUUGUUUUUUCCUCUUUAGACUUGAGCUGAGGUUUCUGAAACUUGUUCUACCAUUUAUGGGGAUCUUUUGCAUCAGAUAAAUUGUCAGCACUGUUUAUGUUUAAUCACUGAUUUUCUUUUUUCUUUUUCCCCCUAUCCUAAACAUCUAAGUUUGAUUUUAGCUUUUUUCUGAAGUAGUCAGGUCACUGAAGAUGUUUGAGCAACGCAAGUAAUUUUCACUUCUCUUGGCUUUAAAAAGAUUUAGCAAGUUUGGUCAGUGGGACAAAACACCCAUUUCUCUCAUAAAUACCUGGUUCUGAUGCACCGCACUGUGUGAUACAAAACUCCUCUGUAUGCUCACUUCAGCUCAAAGGUCUCAAGAAUUCUCAGGAAAGAAAAAAAAAAACCUUUUUCCUUUAACUAGCAUAGCAGCCAUUUUACAGCAUACACUAUUGCAGUGCCAUAAUGGGAUGAUGAUAAUAACAAGGUGGCAGAGCCUUCACCUACAGCAAACAAGAGCAGGCCCAAAUACAACAACCACAGGUACAGAAACAAAGAAAAAGAUCUACUUACCUUUAGAAAAUCUCAUGUAGCAGGAAUCUCCAGUAAGAGAUGCUCUUAUCUUCACUGCCACCCCUUAAAUGAGGUUUGGGACGGGGUGGAUCCUGGCUCUACCCUUGCAGUCACUCAGAUGCAUUGCACACACCUGAGCUCCCCUGGGUUGGCCCUGCCUUCCCACCAGGUGCUCAGUCACUGCUUCAGGCCCUGCCUCAGCAUUGCCACAGCUAUAAAAUCAGAGUGCCUUCAAACUGAUUCAAGAAGGCUGUUCAGAAAGGAAGACUCAUGGACCUCACAUCCACUGUCAUCAUCCCGCUGCUUUUCGGCAGCCUGGGGAUCUUCUCCCUUUUCCGGCUGCUGCAGUGGAUGCGGAUGCGCGCUUACCUCCGAGGAGCAGUGGUGGUGGUCACAGGGGCCACCUCUGGCCUGGGGAAAGAAUGUGCAAAGGCCUUCCAUGCAGCUGGCUCCAGGCUGGUGCUCUGCGGCAGAGACAGUGAGAAACUCAAAGACCUGGCACAGGAACUUUCUGCCAUGACCGAUCACCGAAAGAACAUGCACAAACCUCACACUGUGGUGUUUGACCUCUCGGACACUAAAACCAUUCUAAGUGCUGCUGUAGAGAUUCUGAAGUACCUGGGCCAUGUGGACAUACUGAUCAACAAUGCAGGCAUCAGUUACCGAGGCACAAUUGUAGAGACAGGUCUGGAUGUGGACAAGAAAGUGAUGGAAACCAAUUAUUUUGGUCCUAUAGCCCUCACCAAAGCACUUCUCCCUUCCAUGAUCAAGAGGAGACAGGGCCAUAUUGUGGCCAUCAGCAGUGUUCAAGGCAAAAUAAGCAUUCCUUUCAGAUCAGCAUAUGCUGCCUCUAAGCAUGCUACCCAGGCCUUCUUUGAUUGCCUGCGAGCAGAGGUUGAGCAGUAUGACAUUGAUGUGACAGUUAUAAGCCCUGGAUACAUCCAAACAAACCUUUCUCUCAAUGCUGUCACAGCAGAUGGAUCUCGCUAUGGAGUUAUGGACAAGAACACUGCUGAAGGCCAGACAGCUGCAGAGGUCGCUCAGGUGGUUCUCUAUGCAGUGGGGCAGAAGAAGAAGGAAGUCCUCGUGGCUGGCCUAAAGCCCUCCCUGGCUGUAUACCUACGAAACCUCUUUCCCAGGCUUUUCUUCAACUUAAUGGCAACUAGAGCAAAAAAGGAGAGAAAAACAAAGGACUCUUAGAGCUCAGCUCAUUCGAGCAGUAACUGUAGGGAGAGAGUAACGUCCUGCAGUUUGGCUGGGACAUCAGUGGAAGUGCUCCUGUGGGAAAAACCUUUCUCUAAAUGCUGCAACUUACCAUUGCAUGGAGAGUGAGAAGCAGUGUCCCCCACGACAGGGCAGGCCCACGUGCCAGAUUACAGCACCUGAACCUCCCUGAAGAAGGGUGCUUGGAACAAAGUGUGGGAGCUGAAGCUGCAAGAGAGGGUAACUGUAGGUAUGUACACACUUCACAGCAGGAGAAGCCCAUGUGCUGAAAGACACUUUACCUCACCUCAGGCACGCUCAGCUUUACUGGCCUGCUACAACUAAAACCCACUUGGUUUGCCUUCAUGCCCCCUGUGGCCUCUGUGAAAUACAGUCCCCAGCUGAGAGCUUGCAUGAUCAGUGUCUCCUUCCCACUCCUUCCAAUCUCAUCCAAAACGCAUUGCUUGCAGUGGAAAACUUCUGAGCCUCUACUUGUUCAUGUGCCAAACCAUCUGAUAUGUUAAGCUAAAGCUAAGUCCAGUGCCAUUUUUAAAAAGUAACUCAUGUAGAAUGCAGGUUUUAUUUGGAAAUGAUGUUAUCUGUCUGAUUGGUACCUUACCAAGGUGUGGGGCUGUGACACUGUGCCACCUGGCACCACGGUGUUAAUGCAACACAGGUUAAUGCAGGAGUAGCACCAGACAGAUAAAAAAUAGCAGGGCAGCUAUUAGCUGAUAGACACCUGGUCCUCCUGCUGGCCUAGAGCACAGAGCAGGGGUGAUUCUUUAGCUGCCAGGCACACCAUAUUCCUGGCAAGCAGAAAGGAUCUGUGUGUAGGGUGGAUGACACAGGUAACAGACCCUUAGUUCUCACCUGACUUAAACCAGUCCCAGGUGCCAGUUAGGAUCACAUCCAGGGAGAGGAGGAGAGCUGCUUGCACAGACAGCACAGGUUACAAGGAGUUCUUCAGCCUGAAGGAAUGCCAUCCUCCAUUCUUCACCCCUUUGCAUUUCCACACUGCAUACAACUUGUUCCUCCUCCCAGAGAAGGUGUAUCCUGCCCUGUGUGAUCCCAGCAACACUGGGAAAAAUAAAUGGCUGCACUGGGAUGGUUCAGAAGACAGAAAUAUAUAAAUUGAAAGAAAGCUUAUGAGGUCCAGACCCCUGCUGCCACCUCCAUGCACUUAGCAGCACUCUCCCAGUGUACUGCCUUGUAUGUCCUGCCUGUGAGUGUGUAUCU